CUGGGAAAACGACCCCAUGCCUCUCAGUUCGAAAUCUUGAACGAUAGUCAGAAGCAAGCGCUUGAGAAUCUGUCAUCUUUUGAACUCGAGGAACGCAGAAUACCGGAGUCUUCAAUCAAAGACACUUCACGCUUUGCGUUGGAUCACACUCUUGUUCACUUAGAGUCAUUUCUCAAAUUUGCAAACAAGAAGCCCCUGGAGACCUCUAAAGACUUGCCGAAGGGCUCUCCCGUCGUAUUGAUUGUAUCUGCAAGUGGCAUUAGAUCAGUAGAUGUUAUCAGAGCACUACCAUUAUUUACUGAGGCUGCUAAAGUGGGUAAGCUGUUCGCAAAGCACUUCAAGGUCCCUGAGCAGGUGAAUUUCUUGAAGAACACUUGCACACAUAUUUGUGUGGGCACGCCAAAUCGUAUCGAUAAGCUGAUUUCGGAUGGAGCACUUCACCUCGAUAGGCUAGAGCUCGUGCUACUAGAUUGUCAUAAAGAUGCCAAGAGACGCACGUUACUAGAUAUUCAUGAAAUUCGCGUUGAUCUGUUCAAAAUGCUGGGAUUGAAGGUUCUGGAUGAGAGGAUUCGAUCUGGCUUGACCAAGAUUGCAUUGUUUUAA